CCGGCUUUUGAACUUCUCACUCAACUUCUCUCUCUAAACUGUUUCCCAACUUCUCUCUGAAUUUCUCUCUCCAUUUCAAAUUUAAUUUCAGUGAUUAUUUUCAUCCAUUUGCAUCAAAUUACUCUUCCGAUCUUCUUUUUUCUAAAAAAUGGUGAAGAAAGCGGCACCGAAGAAUCCGGCAGCGAAGAAACCGGCAGCGAAGAAACUUGAAUUCGACAAUUCCGUCGCUGAAAUGGCUGUUGAAGCUCCUCGAAGGCGAGGAAGAAGGCCAAAUGCUGUUUCUGAAGAAAUUCCUGUUGCUAAGGAAUCUGUGUCUAUAAAGAAGAACAAAAAGGCUGGCAGUCCGAAAUCAAAAGCAAUUGCGCUUGUAUCUGAAAAAGAACCAAUUGAAGAAGAACAACCUAAUCAACUAGUUUUACAAAAUUCUUCUCUGGUUGACGUUCCACAGCCUGAAUCUCAUCAACUUCAUUCACAAGUUUUGAAAGAAGUUGGCGCUGAUGGCCUGCCUAUCGUGUUUAAUUUUGAUACACAAUGUUCAGGAGGAUCAUUGUGUAAAUUAAUUAAAGACUUCUCUCCUGAUCAAAAGGCAGCUGUUCAAGAGAUAGGGUUUGGAGGAUUGUUAGGCCUUCAAUUAAGUCGAAAAAACACUCAGAUGAUGUACUGGUGCAUCAAGUGCUUUGAUGGUGUGAGUUCUCUGUUUACAAUCAGUGAUUCCAAGCAAUUUGAAAUCACUGAUUAUGAUGUGUACGAUUUGUUUAUGCUCCCCCUUUCUGAGCUGGAGGUUGAAGGGGUUAAACGUGGGCGCAAUUCCACUAAUCCUGAUUUUGAUUUGAAGAUCAAGUGGAGAAAAGAGUUCGGUUUUGAAGAGGUCAAUGCUCAAAUUCCUAUAAGGUUGCUUGAGGACAAGAUUAAAUUGUUGACAGAUGGUGGUGAUCUGUUUAAACAAUUAUUUGUUUUUGUUGCUUUCUCUACAUUUUUUACUCCAACAGCCAAUAGGACUGUAGAUUUGAGAUUGGCUAAGGCUUUGGAAGAUCCCAAAAUGAUUUCCAAAUACAAUUGGUGUAAAUACGUUCUUGACGUAUUAUGUGAGGAAACAGUGAAAUUUAAAAAUAGUUUAUUGAAAGGCAAAGAUCAAAAGACAUUUGGAGGCUGUGUUGUGUUUUUGCAACUUGUGUAUUUUCAGAGGAUUAAGUUUAGGAAUUCCAGUGGUAUUCCUGAUCAAUUACCUCUUAUUCAGCAUUGGACAUCGAAGAUGGUAACCGAUCGGAUUCAUGCUGAAAAUGCCAAUAUGAGUGCAUUAUAUGGUUCUGGUAUAUUGGAGAAGGGGAAGUAUCCAAUUUCCAAAAAGUUUGUUUUUGUUGAUGGUCAAAUAGAUUUGACCCAAAUCAAAUCUAUUUCGAAAGAAAAUGAAGCAGGCAGCAGUGGGGGAAGAGCUGAACAGCCCUAUGUUGGGCGUCGAAUUCCAAGUCGGCGUCCUAGGAUUCUUCAGUUUGAAAUCCCUAAUUCUCAUCCUACAGAUGAAGAAAUUUUCUCUAAAGCCACUGAUGAUUUUCAUGGUCAGUGGUUGUUGAUGAAGAGAGAUCUGGAUGUAGUUUCAGCCAUCCAUGCUGAAGAGCUGUUCAAAUUAAAGGCUUCAAUGCCUUCGCAGAACCAUGGCGAUGAUAUUUUGGAAAAUUCCACUUAUCAAAAGAUGGUUGAUGAGUUGGUGGAGAUUCAUCAGUUGGUGAAGAAUCUACCAAAUGGUUGGGAUGACAUUUUUGGUUCAAGUAACAAUCCAGUUGUUACUGCUGCCCCUCAACCUUCUGCCGUUGUUCCAACUGAGCCUGCAGUUGUUACAGCUGCUGUUGUUGAUGCAACAACAUCUACCGAAGCAAUUAUUCGAGAAGUUGAUCCUGACACUCAAAUAAAUGCAGUUCUUGAUUCUUUGAAAAGCAAAGAUAAAGAAAUUACGGAGGAUGAUGAUGAAGAAAUAGAAGAAUAUGAGCGCGUGUGGGCUGGAUUUCAAAAAUGCAUCAUUAACAACCAUGCUGUAUCAAGAGUGAAUGUCAGUGUCUAUGGCAUAGAGGAAAAUGUGAUGUUUAUGUCUCCGUUUAUGAUAGCAUUUGAAGAUUUAAUGAGGCAUCUUCCAGCAUUUGUUCAAGAAGCUGUGGACUUUGCUGCUCUGACUGAUGGAGAGGGUAUUUUGACUGAUGAUAAAGUUAUAGAAUACAAUCAUUUUAUUGCGGUAGGAAGAGAUGACAUGUGGACCCUUCCUUCCACAUUUGAUAUUCUUUUGAUUCAUAUUGAAGCUUGGGCUUUUUUAUUGAAUGAAAAUGAAAGGAAUCCUGCUGGUUCUCCUCAGAAGCUGUUUUUAGGUGGCACAUAUUGUAAAUAUGUUGCUGAUUUGAUUGAGAAACUAGGCAAUGAAAAAAUCUUGUCUGAAUUGUGUGUUUGUCUUAAUUAUGGUGUGAAAGAUGUAAAUGGAGUUCAAUCGUUGAAAGAUUGUAAUAUGAUUUUUGCUCCUGUUCUGAUUGAAGACCCGAAGCAUUAUUACCUGUUUGUCAUUAGUAUGAAAGACAAAAGUGUCUAUUUCUUUGAUAAUAUGCUUCUGGAACCAAAAGAGAUGGAACAAAGGAAGAAAGCUUAUUCUGUCUUGUGUUCUUCAUUGGAAAAACUACUGAAAAAUAUGGAUAACAUUCAUCAUGAAGAUAUUAAAAGCUUCAAAUUUAUCCCGGUCGGUGGUAAUUGGAAGCGAGGUGCUUAUGACAAAGACUGUUGUGUCUAUUUGAUGAUGUUAAUGAUGGUUUUUCAUGGUGUUGAAACGGUACAAGAUGGUGUUGGGAUUUUUGACUUUGAUCCCUUGGCAGAUGAAGAUUUCAGGAAGUUUCUCAGGGCUUGUAUUUGUGGCACCAUUGUGUUGUCAGAUUUGAAUUGUUACAGAGAUGAAUAUCUGAAACGAAUGGUUGCAUUCAGGAAAUACAGGAAACAAGAUGUUUUGGAUGCCCUAAUUAAACAAAGGGAAGAGUUGACGCAGAAAUACAUGAAUGAUGCUUCAAAAAUUGAAAUUGUUGCAAGAAAUAGUUCAGCAAGGAAAUCCAAACAUGUUGAAACAGAAGAUGAAGCUGAGACAGAUGUCAAUGUUGAAGGGAAAGGACGUGGCAAAGGCGGGAGACGCACCCGAGGAGGCAGACGCGGGAAGGCACGUGGACGAGGUGCUUCACGUGGUUAAUAAUUAUUGCUGAAAAAACAAUUUAAUUUUUUGUGUUUGUAUGUAGUCGAAUUACUACUUAGAAUGUACAAUUCUAAGUUUGAUAUAGUUACUGUUCAAAUAAUUUUUUGUGUUUGUAUGUAGUCGAAUUCUAAGUUUGAUAUAGUUACUCUCAAUGAUUUUUAAUUGUUUGAUAUAUGAGAGUAAUUAUAA